AUGCGACAAAUAGUUAUCUUAGUGGUAGUACUGACUUCCCGAGCGAUACUAGCCGAUGAAACAGAUGAGCCAAUCAGUACGAAUCGAAUCGGCUUCGGCCCCAGCUUUAGCGCGAAACGUGACGUGCGAUUCUACUUGUACACACCGCUGGCGGUGAAUGAGCCGCACGUGUUUUCGAUUGACACGGUUGGAACGCUGUCGCGCACCUUCUACAACAGCAGCCUGCCGGUUCGCAUCGUGAUCCAUGGUUGGAUGAACAACUACACCUCGUUGGCGAUCCAGGGAGUCAAGGAAGCCUAUCUAUCCAAGGGCGAGUACAACAUCAUAGGAGUAGACUGGAACAAAGGAGCCGCCGAACCGUAUCUUCGGGCUUCUCAGUAUACCUUGGCCGUCGGUUAUGUCGUCGCCGAUCUGAUUCACCGUGUAGUCCGAUCCAAUAUGGCCACAAUGGAUCAAAUUCAUCUGAUUGGGCACAGUCUGGGCGCACACAUUGCUGGCUGUGCAGGAAAUUUGGUGAAUGUAGGAAAACUAAAAGUGAUUGUCGGACUUGAUCCAGCAUCGAUCAAUUUCUUCGAAGAUGAACCGGAUGUCCGGCUUAGUCCAGAUGACGCCGAGUAUGUGGAAGUCAUCCACACCAGCACGCAGUUUUCCGGUUAUCCCCAUCCAAUUGGGUUGGUUGAUUUUUACAUUAACUACGGCAAGAAACAACCGGGUUGUUUAACCGAAUCUUGUAGCCACGGGAGGUCUAUUGAGAUCUUCAUUGAAUCACUGUCGAAGGAAUGCAAAGGCUUUUGGGGUGCCCGCUGCGAUGACUAUAAUGAACUGAAGGCCAAGACAUGCUACAAUCUCAAACGGCAAGCUCUUCUCGGUGGUGACCCUCCCAGGUUGGAGAACGAGAAGGGUAUCUACGUGGUGGUCACAUCCGUGGACCCUCCGUUUGCUCUGGGGUAUAACUUUUGACCGAUAACCGCAAACUAUACUGAUUGAUCGAUGGGUAUAAAGAAAUAAAUCUUCAAAUUAAUAGAUACAUUUGUAUAAAUAUCACAAUCUGGAACUUCUUCGAAAUGUUUUCUUCCUUCAAUGAGU